CUCAGAUCUAUGUUGCGGUUGGUUGUCAAUCGGGAUUGCAGAAGCGUGAAACAUCUCUCCUACGUGAAACAUCUCUCCUGCCCGCCAUCAUCUCCGCCUGCCUCAUUCUUCAGCUCACUCCUUAUCUCUAGACCUUUGAAAGAUGGCACUAGAGGGUAAGGGCUUAGAUCGCAAGCAGGGCAAAAGAAGGCUAUCGUGCUUGACAUGGGCGAGGCGGGUGAGAUCGAUCCCCUUAGGCUCGAGGGGGCGACGCUACGACAGUUCGGGUGUCUCACAUUGGGGAACAGCCGGAGUUACGAAAGUUAGGUUGGGUGCUUUCGUGAAAUGCGUGUCAGCUAAAGGUAGUGAUUGGUUGUUCCUGAGGCACACAUGCGGAGGCAUUUACGCCCGAUUUGUACGGCGAAUAGCUCGCUUCUGACUUGAUUGGCCUUCGUGAGGGGUAUGCAUGUCGGACUGUCCCGAAAUAUGUCUUCACUGUUCUGUUACUCCCGAGGCUCUUUCAUUUGCCUUGUCCUUGCUCUACUGCUCCGUACCUUCCACUCGAUCGUAGCCGUUGCGUCAAAUCUUGCCAAACUAGCCAUGCGAAUCAGCUCUACUAGCAUCCAAGUUGAACAAAAACAUGAAAGGGAAAGACUGUACUAGUAGAUUCCUGGCAAGAAAUAGAACCAUGUGAUGACGUUCGAUAGAUCCUCUUCGCGUCACCGCGACCAAGCGACGAUGAGAUUAUCAAUGUCAAUCUCCCCCAACACAUGCUACAGUCUCUCUGGACGCAGCUGGUCAUACAUCUCCCCGGCUCUCAGUCGUUUCCCUUCUAGCAUCACGUGAUCUAGCCGUAUACGUUCGAGUCUGUUGAUUGUCUGAGCCAUCUCGUUUCUGA